ACUUACUACUGGUAGACGACCUUCGCGAUUGCUGAAGUGGCACUUCGGUUUGAGGUGCAAAGCAUAGAUAAAUGAAUUCUAGGGUUUCACGUAGUUCGUUGGAAACCGGAAGGCAUAUUCAUUUUACACGUUUGGUACUAUUGUAUUAAAAUUAAUGUCAUCACUAUAAUAACAAUUCAUACACUGUAUAUCUGUCAAUGAUCGUUCGCAAGUCGCAAUUUUGUUACUUUUUUUUAUCACCAUAACACUGAAGAAGAACAAAACGUAAAGUAAGUCGUUACGUAGGCGUUACUCUCCAUAUUGUCUCGUCUUUGCCGACUUGUAAAGCCCGUCAACGUGGCUCAUAAUGUUAACUCGCAAUGGACGACGAUGGACACCAUAGAUCCAAACAGUAUCUGACCUCAAUUUUGGACCACGCCGAAAUGCUCAUUGAAAACAUACGAAAAGAGGCUUUGAAAAUGGCCGAGGAUCUCGAAAAUGUUUACAGCAGCGUGGAAGACGUGAGGAAUUCUGAACUGCUGGACCAGCUGAGCGACGUUGACAAAGAAGACAUUAAUCAGUUUGCCAAUCGUAUCAUAGAUAGAUGUGAAACUGUUAACAUCAAUGUGCUCACCACCAGGAGUGAAAGUCAGCAAAAUUGUUUGGAAGAAAUCAACACGAUGAUUGACAGAAUAGUGAAUACAUUUAGGGAUGAUCCCGAUAAUGCCAAGGCUAUGUGUCAGUCAUAUAUAGCUUCGUGUAGUCCAUUGGAAAAUGAGCUUGGCUGUAAGGUGUUUGAGACAGCCGUCUUGGGGUGUACCCUCGACGAUCAGAAACGUGUUAUUAAACGACUACAAGGACUGUUGGAUUACAUUAUGGGAUCUAAAGACAAGUAGCUUGACAAGCUUAUCUCAAUUUUAUUGUAGUUGAAGAAUUUCUGUUGUGGUAUGGAACUGCACCAAAUGAACCUUGAAAUAUACAUAAAAAAAAAAUUAAAAACAAAUUGCAAUAUUAGGGAAUAGUUUUAAUGUUAAAUAAUUAAAACUAGAUUUAAGUCACUUGAAUCUUUCAGAUAAUAUUUUAUUAUUUUAGAUACAUUAUUACUAAUUACUAUAAUAUAAAGUGACAUAUUUUGUCUUUAUUGUUUAUAAGUUAUUACAUACGUCCAAGUAUCAUCCAAGUAAAAAUUAAAAUGUUUAUAAAUAUAUACUAAUUACUUAAGUAA